AUGCUUAAGCUGAGAGAAGUGGCUAAGCGAUUUUACAAAAAGGAGGUUGGGAAUGGGAGGCAUAUUUCUUUUUGGUAUGAUAACUGGUCAGAUAUGGGUGUGAUGCAUGAUCUUUUGGGAGAUAGAGGCCUAAUAGAUAUGGGGAUCAGGAAAGAAGCAACUCUAGCGGAAGCGGCUUGGAGUUUUAGACGAAGAAGAAGGCAUCGUACGGAGGUUUUGAAUGAGGUUGAGGAAAAUUUAAAUUCAGUAAGAGAGAAGCUGAGUGAAGGAAGUGAUGAUAUGUGUUUGUGGAGAGGGAUGUCAAGCUUUAAGUCAAGUUUCUCUACCAAGGAGACUUGGUUAAACUUGAGAACCAACACUAUGCAGUUAAAGUGGCCGCGGGGAGUUUGGUACUCAAUGGCGACCCCAAGGUUUGCUUUCAUUGUAUGGUUAGCUAUGCAAAAUAGACUCUCAACUAUGGACAGGGUUGCAAGAUGGAGUCAGGGAGUUGAUGUCAAAUGUGUGCUCUGUAAUAAUGAUGUUGAGUCCCGUGAUCACUUGUUUUUCAGAUGCACAUACUCUGCACAGCUUUGGUACUCCCUAGUUGGUGGUAUUCUUGGUAGUGCAUACACGGAGAAUUGGGCGACAAUUGUGAAGGAAGUUUCGGAAGGAAGCCUAAACAGGAUACCAUUGUUCUGUUUGAGGUAUACGUUUCAUGUCGCUACUUACUAUAUUUGGAGGGAGAGAAACAGUGUGAAACAUGGAGAGAAGUUGAUGCAUAUAAAUAUGCUAAAGAAGUUUGCAGACAAGUGUAUGAGGAACAAGCUUAGUCUGGUCAGAUUGAAGGGGAAGAAAGGCAUGGAGGAUGUUCUUUGUUAUUGGUUCCAAUCUAGAGUGUAG